AGUCGGCCUGCGCGCCUCAGCCUGGCGGUUCUACCUCCGAGGGUUCACCCGCCCUUGGUUUUCCUUACACCUUCGCCUUUGGCUCCUUUGACCACUCGAAGCCCCACAGCGGGUUCCAGCGGACUUCACCAGCGGACCCAGAAGUGGUGGGUGAAACACAGCCUCUGUUCCUCCUUGAGCCUGUGGGGAGCUGCUGCCUGCCGCCAUCAUGUCUGCUGCAAAUCCUGAGACUCCCAACUCAACCAUCUGCAGAGAGGCCAGCACCCAGUCUUCAUCAGCUGCGGCUAGCCAAGGCUGGGUCUUACCAGAAGGCAAAAUCAUGCCAAACACUGUUUUUGUUGGUGGAAUUGAUGAUAGGACGGAUGAAGCUGAGAUCAGAAGCUGCUUUGGUAGAUACGGUUCAGUGAAAGAAGUGAAGAUGAUCACAAAUCGAAGUGGUGUGUCCAAAGGCUAUGGAUUUGUUUCAUUUGUUGAUGACGUGGAUGUCCAGAAGAUAGUAGAAUCACAGAUACAUCUCCAGGGUAAAAAGCUGAAGCUGGGCCCUGCAAUCAGGAAACAAAAGUUCUGUGCUCGUCACGUGCAGCCAUGUCCUUUGGUAUUUAAUCCUCCUCCUCCACCACAGUUUCAGAACGUCUGGAGGAAUCCAAACACUGAAACUUGCCUGCAGCCCCUAAUCACGCUGAAGCCUGUAACUCAGUACGUUCAGGCUUAUCCUGCUUACCCAAAUUCAGCAGGUCAGGUCAUCACUGGAUAUCAGUUGCUUGUAUAUAAUUAUCAGGCACAUCCUACUUACCCAAAUUCAGCAGUUCACGUCAUCACUGGAUAUCAUUUGCCUGUAUAUAAUUAUCAGUCUGCUGCAAAUCCUGAGACUCCCAACUCAACCAUCUGCAGAGAGGCCAGCACCCAGUCUUCAUCAGCUGCGGCUAGCCAAGGCUGGGUCUUACCAGAAGGCAAAAUCAUGCCAAACACUGUUUUUGUUGGGGGAAUUGAUGAUAGGCCGGAUGAAACUGAGAUCAGAAGCUGCUUUGGUAGAUACGGUUCAGUGAAAGAAGUGAAGAUAAUCACGAAUCGAAGUGGUGUGUCCAAAGGCUAUGGAUUUGUUUCAUUUGUUGAUGAUGUGGAUGUCCAGAAGAUAGUAGAUUCACAGAUACAUCUCCAGGGUAAAAAGCUGAAGCUGGGCCCUGCAAUCAGGAAACAAAAGUUCUGUGCUCAUCAUGUGCAGCCGCGUCCUUUGGUAGUUAGUCCUCCUCCUCCACCACAGUUUCAGAACGUCUGGAGGAAUCCAAACACUGAAACUUGCCUGCAGCCCCUAAUCACGCUGAAUCCUGUAACUCAGUACGUUCAGAUGCCACCACAGCGGCCUGUUGGGGAGCAAAGGAGUUAUGCUGUACCUCAGUCUGCUGCAAAUCCUGAGACUCCCAACUCAACCAUCUGCAGAGAGGCCAGCACCCAGUCUUCGUCAGCUGCCGCUAGCCAAGGCUGGGUUUUACCAGAAGGCAAAAUCAUGCCAAACACUGUUUUCGUUGGUGGAAUUGAUGAUAGGACGGAUGAAACUGAGAUCAGAAGCUGCUUUGGUAGAUACGGUUCAGUGAAAGAAGUGAAGAUAAUCACAAAUCGAAGUGGUGUGUCCAAAGGCUAUGGAUUUGUUUCAUUUGUUGAUGACGUGGAUGUCCAGAAGAUAGUAGAGUCACAGAUACAUCUCCAGGGUAAAAAGCUGAAGCUGGGCCCUGCAAUCAGGAAACAAAAGUUCUGCGCUCGUCUUGUGCAGCCACGUCCUUUGGUAUUAAAUCCUCCUCCUCCACCACAGUUUCAGAACACCUGGAGAAAUGCAAACACUGAAACUUGCCUGCAGCCCCUAAUCACGCUGAAUCCUAUAACUCAGUAUGUUCAGGCUUAUUCUACUUAUCCAGAUUCACCAGAUCAAUUUAUAUCUAUAAAUUCCGUCAUCCCUGGAUAUCAGUUGCCUGUAUAUAAUUAUCAGGCAUAUCGUACUUAUCCAAAUGCACCAGUUCAGGUCAUCACUAGAUAUCAGUCGCCUGUAUAUAAUUAUCAGGCAUUUCCUGCUUAUCCAAAUUCACCAAUUCAGGUCACCACUGGAUAUCAGUUGCCUGUAUAUAAUUAUCAGAAAUCUGUGGACCGAAGCAUACAGAUGGUGGUAUCUUGUCUGUUUAAUCCAGAGAGCAGACUGAUAAAUUCUGUUGUUACUCAAGAUGACUACUUCAAGGAUAAAAGAGUGCAUCGCUUCAGAAGAAGUUUGACAGUAUUUAAAUCUGUUUGAUCCUCUCAGCUGUCUAGUUUUGUGGGAAGUUGGUGGUUUUGAAUAUUAAGCUAAAAGUUUUCCACUGUUACAGAAAUUCUGAAUUUUGGUAAAUCACACUGAAACUUUCUGUAUAAGUUGUAUUAUUAGACUCUCUAGUUUUAUCUUACAUUGAAACUGUUCUUCCUUAGAUGUUUAUUUAGAACCUGGUUCUGUGUUUAAUAUAUAGUUUAAAGUAACAAAUAAUUGAGACUGAAAGAAUGUUAAGAUUUAUCUGCAAGGAUUUUUAAAAAAAUGAAAUUUGCAUUUUAAGUGUUUAAAAGCAAAUACUGAUUUUCAAAAACAAGUUUUUAAAACCUGAUUUGAAAGCUAAGAAUUUUGAUAGUCCGAACACAAGCAUUUCACUUCUCCAAGAAGUACCUGUGAACAGUACAGUAUUUCAGUAUUGAGCUUUGCAUUUAUGAUUUAUCUAGAAAUUUACCUGAAAAGCAGAAUUUUUAAAACUGCAUUUUUAAUCAGUGGAACUCAAUGUAUAAUUAGCUUUAUUGAAGUCUUCUUAUCCAAACCCAGUAAAACAGAUUCUAAGCAAACAGUCCAGUCAGUGAAUCAUAAUGUUUGUUCAAAGUAUGUUAUCUUUUAUCUAGAAUCCAUAUAUAUAUAUAUCCAAUUCGAUUGGGAUAGUAAUUAGGUAACUAAAAUUCUGGGCCUACUUUUUUAAAGAAUCCGAGACAAACUAAACUUUACUAGGUAUAUAACCUUCUCAAUGAGUUACCAUUCUUCGUUUUUAUUAAAAAAAAAUUUGUUCCUUGAAAUGCUAAACUUAAUGGCUGUAUGUGAAAUUUGCAAAAUAACUGGUAUUAAAGAACGCUGCAACUUUUUUAUGUCACUCAAAGAUUAAUCAGGAAUUGCUUUUAUAAAAACAUUGAAGUAUUAGUUACUUGCUAUAAAUAGAUUUUUAUUUUUGUUGUUUAGCCUGUUAUAUUUCAUUUUGUAAAAUAAAAUAUGUCCAGAGGAGACAAAAUAGGUAGUUUUGAUAUUUCUAAAUCACGAAAGUUGUUUAGUAAGUAUAUCUUAAGAAUCUGCUAGAGUUAAAGUUAAUGUUGUUUCUAGAUUAGGUAGUGUCCUCAUUUUAUAUUGUGACCACACAGCUAGAGCACCAGAGCCCUUUUGCUAUACGCACAGUCUUUUUUUCCCAGCCUCUUUUACUAGUCUUUCAGGAGGUUUGCUCUUAGGACUGGUGAUGUAAAGAAUGGAAGUAGCUGUAUGAGCAGUUCAAGGGCCAAGCCGUGGAAUGGUAGCAAUGGGAUAUAAUACCUUUCUGAGGGAAACAUUUGUAUCAGUAUCAUUUGAUCUGCCAUGGACAUGAGUUUAAAGUGGCUUUCUGGCCCUUCUUUCAAUGGCUUCUUCCCUAAAACAUGGAGACUCUUAAGUUAAUGUAGUUACUAUGGGCCAUAUUAGUAAUGCCCACUGGGGUCUAUGAUUUCUCAACAUUUUCAUUCUGAAUCUGAAGGAGAGAGUAUUUUAACUUUAGAAUUCUCAAGAGGGCUUUAUUACACCUCAGAAAUCAAAAGCACCAUGAAUUUGUCCAUUAAAAAUCACCCAUAGUUUUUUUAGUGCUUUAACAUUCUGAUGUACAUCAUUCUGUGAUUAAAUCUCCAGAUUUCUAUAAAUGAUACCUAUAUUCUAAAGAGCUAAUUCAGAUUAUUCCGAUAUGACCUUAAGGAAAAGUAAGGGAAUAAAUUUUUGUCUUUGUUGGAGUGAAGUAUUUAAAAGCGUAAGGUAAAAGAGAUACUAAGUCCUAAACCUUUCAAAAUGGAAAAUUAAUUCUGAACUUAGAAAAAUGUUUCUGCUACCUGUUGCUGAUACUGUCUUUGCAUAAAUGAAUAAAAAUAAACUUUUUUCUUCAAAAGUG